CCAAAAAACCCUACCCUUGCUAUCGCUAUCUUUUCAUGCGCUUGAGCAGGUGUUGUUUUAAAGCGCUUGCUCUCGCUUCCCGCCACUGUCCCUUUAACUACGCUCGGCUUUCUCCGGACUCGCUCGUCACUCCUCGCCCUCGUCCUUUCACUGCAGCUCCAUCUCUGAGCGGACCGGGCCGUUCCUCUCCUCCGACGCUGCUCCACUCACCAUUGACGGAUCCGCGACGCUCCUGACAACCUGCCGCGCAAAUGCAAGCGAUUAAAUGUGUGGUGGUCGGCGACGGGGCUGUGGGUAAGACCUGUCUGCUGAUAAGCUACACCACCAAUGCCUUCCCCGGUGAAUACAUCCCCACUGUCUUCGACAACUACUCUGCAAAUGUUAUGGUCGAUGGCAAACCGGUCAACCUGGGUCUCUGGGAUACAGCGGGACAGGAGGACUACGACAGGCUCAGACCACUGUCCUAUCCACAGACGGUACUCAAACGGCUCCAAACACACACGGCAUCUCACAAGCGCAUAGAUGAUGUGUUCUUGAUAUGCUUCUCCCUGGUCAGUCCGGCCUCCUUUGAGAACGUCAGAGCUAAGUGGUACCCAGAGGUGAGACACCACUGCCCAAACACUCCCAUCAUCCUGGUGGGUACUAAGCUGGAUCUGCGAGACGACAAGGACACAAUUGAGAGGCUGCGAGACAAGAAGUUAUCCCCCAUCACCUACCCACAGGGUCUGGCCAUGGCCAGGGAGAUCGGGGCCGUGAAGUACCUGGAGUGCUCGGCUUUGACCCAGCGAGGCCUGAAGACGGUUUUCGACGAAGCCAUCCGAGCCGUGCUCUGCCCUCCGCCGGUGAAGAAGAGAGGCAAGAGGUGCACCAUCUUCUGAAGCGGAGCCAGACGCCUAAAACACUAAACCACGUCACCAUGAACAAAAACCACUACUUCUCUGAGAAGGCGAGAGAGAAAACUAGCUUGUGAGUGUGUGCGCACCGCUGAGACGACUUUGUUUAUAUCCAUGUUUUUUCAACGCGUCAACACAAACCGAUACUUCAAUCUGAUUGUUUAAGCGCAGGUUACUAUUUGACUGUACACCAACAAAGUUGCUAUGAGGGCUGUUAAAAACGUUUCUAUUGCUCCUCUUCAUCCUUCACCGUAGUGCUUGAUCUGAUGCUGUGGUGAGUGGAUAGAAAGAGAACUGUGAAUGCGUCAUCAGGUUUUUUUUAUGUUCAUGCUGUUGAUGGGCUUUUUUUAUUCCUUCCACAAAUUCUAAUCUUAGAUCACAGCUACAACUGUCGGAAAUGAGAGCGAUCCUACAGAGCGCCGUCAGCUGCUCUGAAGCAAAAGCCAAGGGGUCAUUGAAGGCAUCGUUUCUGUUCCGUCAGAAUAGGUCUGCCUCUCUGCGUUAGGUGACGGUACGUGAACACACUGGUUGUAAAAAAAAACAAAAAAAAAAAACAAUGAGAAUUGAUCAGUCGCCCUGCUGAACACAAAGAAAACGCUCUUCCCGUGUCCCUCUGUCCUUUUUACUACCUGAGAGUCAGAUCACAGAGACUGGACAAACACGUCGUAUCCGCUAUUGAACAGAACACUUAAAAGAUUCUUAUCAAUGGGAAACAAAUGACCUGUUCUUUAAGUCUUUGUCAUCGAUCACCGUGAAAAUCUGCACUCAAUCGUGUCCAGUGUUUUCUCAGCCUUUGUGUUGUGAUUUUUUUUUUCGAGGAAGAAGUAACCACAACAUCUGAGAUCUGAGAUGUGAUUCAUACGACCAGCUAGUGGGUCAGAACAAAACAGCCUCUAAAACAUGCCCAGAGCCGACUGAACCUUUGUCAGCUUUGGUCUCUGUAAAAAGACUAACCAACAAAUAUAGUAUUUUACUAUGGUAUAAUAUAGUCCUAGCUAACAGCGGAGGGUUUGGAAGCCACUCGGAAAUGUAGUGGAAUGUGCAAAUUGCCAAGAAUUGUGACAUUUAUGUCAUUAUGUCAUGCAAAUAUAAGAUCAAGUGCGACCAGUGGGAAGUUUUAUAUCAGAAAAGUGAUGCUGACACUAUUUUCCUGCACUAUUAGGGCUUUAUAACGACGAUUAGCUAGGUUGGCCAGAGCCACCGUAGUAUAGCCACAACUAGAGGAGGGGAACUGUAAGAAGAAGAAGAAGAAAAAAACAAAAAGGAUUUCCAUUCCUUUAUUUUGUCCUCACAUAAAGAUGGGAAAAUACUAAGCUCAGUAACUGACCUGUGUCAUUAAAGAAGUGUCUUUGGGUCAGCAAACUGUGAUCAUGUGACUAUAGGAGCACGCCAAACACGCUGUACAACCUUGCUGCCUGAGCGCCACCUCCAGGGCUCCUGGAGCUUUGCAUGUUUUUUUGUUUUGUUUUGAUUUGAAUCUUCCGUCUAUGAUGCCAUUGUUUCCAUCUCAACUUUUCCUUUGUGGGAUGCCAGUGUGUGUGUGUGUGUGUGUGUGUGUGUGUGAGUGAGCGUGUCACAGGCAUGUAGACGAAUGCAGACAGGUGUGAAGAACGCGUAGAACAGACAGUGUUGUUUAGAGCAAAGUUUUCUAUUGUCAGGUUUUGGUACCGUUUCGUAUCGUCCUGCAGUUAAAGAACUUUUCAACAAUUUGUCCGCAUACGGUAGAAAAAUAUCAAUGGCACAUAGUGAUGCAUUGUAUAAUCCUUUUUAAAAAAAAAGAGCAGUUUUAUUUCUCUCUACAUGUACCUGGAUAUUUAGCGCUCAAAAGUCCUGAUAUAAUAAUUCUUAAUAAAGGUCUUGUCACUCAUGUCGACGUUAGAGGUGUUGCUAACAUAUUAAAAUACACAAGGGCCGAUCUUUUGUUUAUCAAUUACAUUGUGAGGUCGUGGGCUGCGUCGCGUGGCAAGACGCGUCCUCUCCUUCUUCUUUUUUUCUUUUAGGUUGCCAUAGCGAACUGUGGGUGGUAAAUAUUGUGUGGUCCUGGCUAGCAAAAGAGUUGAAACACAGCAGAAAUAUUUCUGUUACUAUUGCAUGGAAGUUGUUUGACCUUCUGUAAUUAUUAGGAAAAGGUGAUGAACUGCGUUGGCCAUGUAUGUAUGUAAUGUAAGAAAUACUUGUACACUUGUUCCGAUUGUCUUAUUUUCAAUGACUUUACAUGUCCUUGUGGUGGAAUAUUUCAUUUUUUUGUAAACAAAAAUACAAAUGUAUAUGUAAGCUA